UUGAAAUCAGAUAAAAUUUGAUAAAGUUAUCCUAAGAAUAUGAGGUAUUUAGUAAUAAGAAUGCAUGAAUGCAUGUGGCCUUAGCAUUGAAAUUGAAAAAGAAUCACCGAGUUCACACUCCAUGUGCGAUGCUUCAUGUCCCUUGCUGUCUUUCUUUCUCUCACAUGAAACAUAACAACAACUUCCACCUCUAAAUUACUUCAACAACGUUAACAACACCCUUCCCUCCAAACAUAAACUCUGUUCUGUUUGCCAUGGAUUCCAACACCAUUCUGGAUUAUGCUCUGUUUCAACUCACCCCAACUAGAACCAGAUUUGAACUUUUAGUGUAUUAUGGAGGUAUUCGUGAGAAAAUAGCUUCUGGGUUAUUUGAACCUUUCGUUUCUCACCUCAAAUUUGUUAAAGAUGAGAUCUCUAAAGGUGGAUACUCUAUUAGGCUUUUGCCUCCAUCCAACGCUGCUUUCUGGUUCUCUAAAUCCACCUUUCAGAGAUUCGUGCGCUUUGUUAGCACACCUGCAAUUUUGGAGAGGUUUGUUAGCAUUGAAAAAGAAAUCCAGCAGAUUGAAAGUCAAUUUCAAGCUAAUGCGUUAUCGUUGUCUGUUGCGAACCCGGAUGAAGGAAAUUUGUCACAAACCAAUGGCAACACAAGGAGAUUAAGUGAUUCUACAAAGUUAAAUGAAGUAUCUGAAGGGGUUGACAUUAAAGAAGAGGAAAACUCAAAGAUUUCCCUGCAACGUCUUUUGGAGUCUCGAAUCGCUCUACUCCGGAAAGAGCAAGCAAUGGCAUAUACACGUAGUCUUGUUGCUGGAUUUGAUAUUGAUAACAUCGAUGAUCUCGUGUAUUUUGCAAAUGCGUUUGGAGCAUCGCGUUUAAGGGAAGCCUGCAUUAAUUUUAAGGAAUUGUGGAAGAAAAAGCAUGCAGAUGAUCUUUGGGUUAAAGAAGUUGCUGCAAUGCAGUCAAGCUUACCACCAACUCUCUCAUUUUCCGGAACAUCGGGAAUUAUACUAGCAAAUGAUAUAAUCAGCCAUGACCAGAAUAACAAGAACAAUAGCUCCACAGACAGUAUUCCCUCUGGUGACGAAAAUGUGUUUCUUGAAACAUCAAAUUCUGCUAUACCAGAUCAGAGACCAUCACAAACGGCUAAUGUUCAUAUGCCAAUGCAUAUGCCAUGGCCUUACAAUGUACCACCAUAUAUGUAUAAUCUUCAAAAUCCUACUCAGCAAAUGCCUUCAUACCAAGGGUAUCCUUUGACUAAUAUGCAGUCUGUUCCUCCUUACCUUCAAAAUAAUAUGCAUUGGUCUUCUCAGAAACCAUCCGCACCCAAAAAGGAAAAAUCUCGUUAUAAGAAAGGAUCAGAAGAAUAUGAAGACCAGCAAACAGAAUCCAGUGACACUGAUUCCGGGAGUGAAUCUGAUUCAGAUAAACAGAAAGACUCGAAUAGUUCUUUGAAGGACGAUAAGAGGAAAAAAAACAGAAGAAAAUCAUCUGGAACAGUUGUGAUACGGAAUAUCAACUACAUCACCCCGAAAAGGAGAAAUGGAAAUGAUAGUGGUGUCUCUGAUGAAUCUGCUUCAGAAGAUGACAAUGUCGUCGAUGAAGAAAUGAUCAAACAGAAGGUUGGUGUUGCACUUGAAUCAUUGCAAAAGGUCCACAAAGCUGAAAAACGUUCUAAUAGGAAAAACGUAGUGUCUAAACGCUAUGUAACUAAAUCAAGGGAUGCUGCUGCUGAGGAAUAUGCCACUAAAAAUUCAAGUGAUGCAUCUGAAGAUGGGAACAAAAAUGAGAACUGGAAUGCAUUCCAGAGCCUUUUGAAGAUAGAUUCAGAGACUGAAAUUGAUGGAUUGAAACAGAUGGAAUCAACUGAUGUCCAAGAUGAACAUUUUGUGAUGAGAAACAAUGAAGAAAGAAUGCCAUAUGCAGCAAGUUCUGCUCCAAACUUGGAUUUCAAAGAAGUUCCGAAGAAUCCUAAAGUUGCUAUUGCAAAUGACUCCUUUAUUGUGAAUCAUAGAGAAGGAGGAAAUGAAGGCGCAUCGAAGCUAGAUGAAUAUGUUGACAACUAUGGCUCAAUUACAAAGAUAAGGAAUAACAUAAGUGAAAAUCAAUUGUUUUCACACAGAUCAAGAGAAACAAGAAAUGAACUUGGUGAUCCAUUAAAUACUUUUGUUUCUGAUUCAUUGGAAACCAAGGGAAGAGCAGCAGAAGAUUGGUUUAUUGUUGAUAAUAAUUUGGAAAACAUGAGGAACCAUGAUCCCUCCAUUGUGCCUAUAGUGUUUGAUGGUGAUGUCACUUUAUCUUCGGCGAACCAUCGUUCCAAUGCUGAAAAAAGUAAUGAAAGAACUCUCAUUGAUGAUUCCUUCAUGAUACAAGGUCAUUUGGUAGAUAAUAAUCUUUCCGACUCGCAAUGGAAGACAGAUAUGAGUAUGGUUGAUGAUCUAACAUCUUCUUACAAGCUAGAAAGUGACACAUCUGCUUCAAAAGAGAAGCAUGCAUUAUCAAAGACAGAGGAACCAAAUGACCUCUGUGUGGUUCUACAACGUGAUUCAGGAUUGGAUUCUGUUGAGGCCUCACGGGCCAUGGACUAUGAAAUAGACUUUUCUUUCUCAGAAACUGAUAGAAGAUCUUCUGUUGAUGAUUCACAUGUUAAUAUGAAUAACAACCUUCCUACUAGUCCAAAGAAAAUCAACACAAAUAAAAGUAAAAUCUCGCGAAUGUCGCAAAAAGGCAAGCCUGAAAUCAUUCCUAGGAACAGAAAACCAUCUCUUCCGAGUAGGCCUAUAGUUCAAAAGAGCCAAAGGGAAAAGGAAGAUGAAAUUAGGAAGAAGUUGGAAGAAAAGCUGAAUGAACGCCAGAGGAGAAUUGCUGAAAGAACUGCAUCUUCUGGUGUUACUCGAACCGUGUCCGGAAGAGUCCAAACUGAAGGUAAAAUGGCAAGGAUUUCUUCAAAAACUGAUAAGAAUAAGAUUCAAACUGUUAAAGAUACAAAUAGAAUCAGUUCUGUGAAAAUCAGGGGAAUUUAGAAAAACUUGUCAGCAUAAAGGUUAUUUAGUUCAAUGCAGCUCUUAUAAGGUACAAGCCUUGGUGAGUCUAUAAGGUUAAGUGUAUUUAAAUGAUUGAAUGAUGUGAUUAAGUUAAAUUAAAAUAAAUAGUUUUUUUUUUUUAUAAAUAAACUCUCAGGUCAUUGGAAGUAUUCAGACCUAUAGUUACUCAAAAUAGAGAUUUUUUAUUAUUUUUUGGAUUUUGAUUCAUGGUUGUAUAUCCUAGUAUUCUUUAUUCUAUUGUAAUAAUGUAUGAAACCUUUGUAGCUUUGUUUUUGUGCAAACAGCAAUGAAUGAAAAUUUGUCAUUUUGUUUUGUUUC